CCCCUCGAAGCCAGCGGCGGCAUAAACCAGCUCCCCGCACACCUCCUCGCCCGCUUUCCCUCCCUUUGACUCCUCCCACCACCAAAACCGCGGGCCGCAUCCCGCGCCGCCCACCGGCGGCAAAGCCACCGCCGCUUAAUAAAACCGCCGCGACCGGCGCACACCAACCCCCACCCAGCCAUGGCGUCCUCUCUCCUCACCACCCCGUCCCAGACCCUCGCCCCCACGCCCGCCGCGGCGCGCGCCCGCGGGUACUCGCCGGGGGCGGCCCAGGUGUCCUUCUCCUCGCCCCGCCUCCCGAGCCGCCGCGCGCUGCGCGUGCGCGCGUCGGUCGCGAUCGAGAAGGAGGUGCCGGAGAACGAGGCGCCGACGACGUUCCUGCGGGAGGACGGCUCCGGGGCCGGGUCCGGGUCCGUGCGCGAGCGGUUCGAGGGCAUGAUCCGGCGGGUGCAGGGGGAGAUCUGCGCCGCGCUCGAGGAGGCCGACGGCAGCGGGAAGCGGUUCGUGGAGGACGUCUGGUCGCGCCCCGGGGGCGGCGGGGGCAUCAGCCGGGUGCUCCAGGACGGCAACGUGUUCGAGAAGGCCGGGGUGAACGUGUCCGUCGUCUACGGGGUCAUGCCCCCGGACGCCUACCGCGCGGCCAAGGGUGCCGCGAAGAACGGGGCGGCCGAUGGGCACAAGGCUGGGCCUGUGCCCUUCUUUGCCGCUGGCAUCAGCUCGGUUCUUCAUCCCAAGAACCCAUUUGCUCCAACAUUGCAUUUCAACUAUCGUUAUUUUGAAACAGAUGCACCAAAAGAUGUACCUGGUGCACCAAGGUCAUGGUGGUUUGGAGGUGGUACUGAUUUGACUCCUUCCUAUCUCAUUGAAGAGGAUGUGAAGCAUUUUCAUUCUGUUCAAAAACAAGCUUGUGAUAAGUUCGAUCCAAGUUUUUACCCAAGAUUCAAAAAAUGGUGCGAUGAUUAUUUCUAUAUUAAGCAUCGUAAUGAGAGACGUGGGCUUGGCGGAAUAUUUUUUGAUGAUCUUAAUGAUUAUGACCAAGACAUGCUUCUGAACUUUGCUACAGAGUGUGCCAGUUCUGUAAUUCCUGCAUACAUACCCAUCAUAGAACGUCGCAAAGACACUCCAUUCAAUGAGGAGCAGAAGGCAUGGCAGCAAGUGCGGAGAGGUCGCUAUGUGGAGUUCAACCUUGUCUACGAUCGUGGCACCACAUUUGGACUCAAGACCGGGGGAAGGAUCGAAAGUAUACUUGUCUCCUUACCACUCACUGCACGAUGGGAGUAUGACCAUAAACCUGAGGAAGGGAGCGAAGAGUGGAAGCUUCUCGACGCGUGCAUAAAUCCAAAGGAGUGGCUCUGAUUAGCUGAGGUUGUUUGUUCUUUCAGUCUUUUUGUUAGUGUUCCUCACUCUGUGUAGCCUUGAGAUCCCCAGCCAUGUGUAGUUCCUUUUUUGCUCUGUAGAGUUUUUGAUAAGCACAUGAAGGUGUAACGGUUUAGUUCCAUCAAGCUUUGUACCUGCUGUACCUGUUUCCUUCCGAGAUGAAUGAAGGAUAAACUGUGCGGUUGGAA